AUGUUCUUCCAACCUAUACCAGCUAAAGAUAAAAUCACUUUCACGAAUAGAAUAGGUAAAAAGAAAAAUGGCAUUAAAAUCAGGUUCAGAAAUGGUUUCUGUCACGACGUUUUAACAUCGGUCGAUAUUCAAGAAAUAGUGAAAGCCGGUGGACGAAUUAUUAAAAUAUUAGAUGGUAUAGUUUACGAAGAAAAUUUUAAAACUCCACCCUAUAGAGAUUAUAUUUUAAUUUUGAGAGAUCUAAGAAAUAAAUAUAAACGAGAAGAUAAUAUCGUAGGUAGUAAUUGCAUGAAAUUAUUAGGUAAUUCAUUGUAUGGUAAAUCUAUUCAAAAGGAUAUAAAUACAUCGAGACAUUUAUGGAGUGAAGUGACUUUAAAAGCCAACUUCGAUUCACACGUUAUACACUAUGAAAAAGUAAAUGAUAGUCAAUAUAUAGUUGAGAUAAAUGAAGAAGAAAAAGAAUUUGACUGUACACCUCCUAAAUCUACAUGA